AUGGCCACCGCCUUGGAUUUGGAUGAAGUGAGGGGAAGUUUCCCCGCCUUGGCCGGGAAGCAGGUCUAUCUCGACAAUGCUGGUGGAAGCCAGACCUUGGGGACAGUGGCUGAGCGCAUCCAGGACUACCUUUUGAACACCAACGUCCAGCUCGGAGCCACAUACGCCGCAGCUAAACAGUCCACGAGCCGCUAUGACGAGGGCUAUGCUGCGGCAGCGACAUACAUUGGCGCCUCAAGUGACGAGAUUGUACUCGGCUCAUCCACCACCCAACUGUUUCGGAACGUUUCAUACGCCUUGCGCUUCCAAGCAGGCGACGAGCUGAUUGUCUCGGCAGUCGAUCACGAGGCCAACAUCGCACCAUGGGUCGACCUUGCGGAGCGUCAGAAGCUCGUGCUCAAGUGGUGGAAGCCCAACGCGGACGCCCCUGACGCCGGUACCAACCCCAAGUUGCUCGCAUCAGAUCUCGUGGGACUUCUGACGGAGAAGACACGGCUGGUGUCUUUCACCCACGCAAGCAAUAUCCUUGGCACCAUCCACGACGUCAAGGCCAUUACCUCUAUCGUCCACAGCCGGAACCCAAAAACCAUGGUAUGCGUUGAUGGCGUCGCCUACGCCCCGCACCGCAAGAUCGACGUCAAAGACCUGGGCGUAGACUUCUACUCCUACUCUUGGUACAAGGUUUACGGGCCGCACAUCUCCAUCCUCUACGCCAGCCCGCUCGCGCUCUCCAACCUCGCGUCGCUCGGCCACUUCUUCAAUCCGCACGCCACCCUCCAAGACAAGCUCGGUCUCGCAGGCGCCAGCUACGAGCUCGUGCACGCCAUUCCCGCCGUGGCCGAGUAUCUGGACGGCAAGUGGGAGGGUAUCGUCGCGCACGAGGGCCAGCUGCAGCGGACGCUGCUCGCCUGGCUGAAUGCGCGCGCCGAUGUCACGGUCUGGGGCGAACGGAGCGCGGACGUCGCUGUUCGAGUGCCCACUGUGAGUUUCACUCUCAAUGGCUGGGACUCGAAGCGGUUCGUGGAGGCAGUGGAGGCCGAGAGCGAUUUUGGGUUCCGUUGGGGCUCGUUCUAUUCCGUUAGGUUGGUCAAGGACGUGUUGGGGUUGCCGGCCGAGGGUGUCAUCAGGGUCAGCAUGGUACAUUACAACACCGUGGAAGAAGUAAAGAGGCUUAUCGCAGCGAUGGAAAAGGUGCUAGCACCCAAGUAG